AAACUAUCAGAUUGUCAGACUUAGGAGUCUUGUCAUAUUCUAUUAAGUCUUUCUGCGGCCAAAAUGAGAACCACCAGCUGAUCACAAAAGCAGUUUUACAGUUCCUGCAUGAUUCAGUGUUAUAUAUGAAAAUAAGUGUGAUUGUGUCUGUUAAAUUUUGUCCUGCGGAGGGCAGUAAUACACCGCCAAAAUCUUACAUGAAGAAGACUUCCUACAAAUCGAUAACUGCUGUUUACACUCUCUGUUGACACCAUGGUCUACACUCGGUCUGGCUACGUUAUUAUUCCGCUAGAUUCGCUAGUUUUCUCUCUGAAACGACAUUGGCGUUAGUGGCUAACGUUAGCCUUUCGUUGUUACUCUGUUCACUAGCUUCGAGCUUAGCCUAGCUUAGCAGUUAGCUUUGUGAAUCCACAGGUGCAUCUUCUCGUCCUCCAAAAUGGCAGAUAAGUUACAGCAGCUGAGAGUGUUUGUUAACGAGCGACUGACAGCUGCGGCGGAGGAAAUCUUCAGUGCUGUGGAAAGGACCAUUUUAGAGUAUCGAAAUGACAUUUAUCUGUCCAAGGAGGAUGUGAAACACAGCGGGCUGCUGCUACUAGCUGAAGGUUUGAACCGGCAGGUGCAGGUAGAGGUGUUCACUGCAGUCUCCCAGGAGGUCAGCGUUUCUGAAGCAGAGGCCUCCACCCAGCCAACACACAGUGCAGAUGCAUUUCCAGAGCCUCAGGAACACCGGGCCAGCCGGGACCAAGAGAAACUGCAGGACCUGUCACAACAUGAUGCUGUUGCUUGUUUUAAGUAUGAACAGAGCAUGCAGCCGUCCUCUUGCUGUCAAACCCAAACUGAGACCAGCAGAGAAGAAGAGCUUCUUCCCAUCUCUUCAGCUGAGUGGUUGAAAACAGAGGAGGAAGAAGAUGGCUAUGGAGGAUCAGAAACAGCCAAUUUCUGGCAACCGCUCUCCUCAGAUAGCAUGGAUGAAAAUGAUACCAGUGAUGCUCAAAGUACACAGAGAGGAGGAUCUAACUCAUGUUCAAAGACAGUGAAGUCAAAGAAAAGGACAAAACAAAGACUAAACAGUCCUAGCUUGAGCACAAAGCAAAGGAACAAUCAGAGAACUUGGUCUUGUAAGCUGUGUGGAGAAUCCUUCCAUAGCAGGAGUUCAUUAAUGAUGCAUGUCAAAUCACAUGCAAACAAUACAGCCACUCUCUGUCCUCCAAAACAUGCAGCAUUAGCAGACAAUGGGAUUGAAGCCUUGGAAACACACAGAGAGAACAAUCUUUGUUACAUCUGUGGCAAAACAUUCACCACAAGAACACAUUUAAAAAGGCACCUGCUGGUUCACACAGGUCAGAAACCACACUGUUGUAAAGUAUGUGGCAAAAGAUUUGCACGAGGUGAGUGUCUGAGAAUACACAUGAGGAUCCACACAGUGGAGAAGCCAUACACAUGUGAAGUGUGUGGGAAAGGGUUCAGGCAGAGGGGCAACAUGAUCUGUCACAUCAGAACUCACACAGGGGAGAAACCCCAUCGCUGUGUCAUCUGCUCCAGACCAUUUGCAUAUAAGAAGGACAUGUUGAGACACAUGCAAGUUCACGCAAAGAAGACGUGAAAUCCCACUGGACAGAUGUAUACAAUGUGACAUAUCUGGAUAUUUUCAAUGCAGCUACAUCAGAUUUCAGUAGAACAUUUUACUCACUUAAAGUUGAAUUCAUUUUCUUAAGACAUUCUGGGUAAAUGUAGCAUUUUAGAACAAAACAUGAAGCAUUUCUGCAUCAAUUGAAAACACUAAGUUCUGAUUUUCUCGGGUCACUCAUUAGUUGUCUGUUAAGAUAUGACUGAUCCACGGCUGAAAUAUUUCAAAUGUUUUUCACUUUACGCUAGAGAUGGAAAUCACAAAUCACUUUGUUGAGUUCAAAGACUCGUAGUCAGUGAUUGUAGUUUGUUCAAUUCUUUCCUAAGCUAGGCAGUCACAUCACUGUUCAAAUGCACUUCAGUACACAGAUCAGUAAAUGAGCACAUCAUGAUUCAUAUGACCCGACAUUCAGCGCUGAUUCUGACUGUCUUCAGCUCAGUCUGUCGCUAGUUCAGUCACAGUCAGUUCAGUACAAGACUAGCCUAUACAAGCACUGCACAUAAGGUUAAGGCCGUGCUCCCUCACCAUCCCAUCAGCACAUUUCUGAGGAGAUUCUGGUCAGUCAUUACCACAUGCAGCAGUGUUCUCUGUUGAACCUCUGUCUGCUAUAAGCUUUUUUUCUAUAGCAACAGAUACUGGUAUCAUUAAAUUAAAUUUAUCAACACUGUCUUUUCCAAUUCAGCCAUGAGUGCGUUGACAGGAGAAAGGCAGACUUUUUAAUUAUAGACAGCAUCACAUGCAACAGCAGCAUCAACCAACCUCUGGGGAAAUUAAAUGGUGGCAGAAAUAUUCAGCAAUGUAAAAGAUGUACAACAUAAUUACACAACUAUAGAAAAGAAAGGAACUGAAUUUAAUUAGUAGAAAAUAUCUAAAUAUUAAUGCAAAGACUGUAAGUGUGUAAAUUAUAAUAAAGGCCUUAUAUAUUCUAAAUUUUCCUCAUGCUAAGAGUUUGCAGAGUUUAGAGUGAGUUUGGGAAACAAAUGGAUAACUGCAACUAUUAUGAAAAAGCACUUCAGAGCUACAGAGGACAACAGCAGAUGGUGUGUGAAAAUGUAUCUUAAUGACUGCUACACUAUUAGUCUACAAGCUGAGGACAAAGAUACAAACUUAACUGUCUAUUCAACUGUAUUUAGAGGCAUUGGUUUUACUGUAAGACAAAGCAUUUACAUGCCUGGUUAACAUACUUUCAUAUUUCCAUACAUGAUGUGUAUUUAAUAUUAUCCUGCAGUCAUGAUGCCAACCUCCUGCCUCCCUCGCCUUAGAAUAAAUACACCCAGUGCCCACAACAUUUGUGUGUCAGUGUCAGGACCCACAGGAUCACUAUAUUUGAAGUACACAGUUUAGAGUGUAUGUAGAGUAGUGAGUAUUGAAAACUGUUUGGCACUGAGUGUUUGGUGAGGUUAUGAGUCUUGUUUACAUUAUUUAAUGAUAUUCUCUGAUUUGAAAGAUCAUUUUGCACUGUAUUAUUGUUUGUUGUAUUGCUCAUCUGUGUAUUAAACAUGGAUGCAUUUGGGUUUAA